AUGUCGUCACCCAAAGACACCGCCAUAUCCAAGUACCUGCAAGGUUUUGACAAUCUCGACGAGGCAACGGCCGGAAUCAUCACCUCCGAGAUCAGCAGUCUCAAGACCGGAAUCGCGAGCCUGACGGAAACAUUUGAUCAAUUAGUCACAAAAACCGGUCAUCUGAAAAUCCAACAGCUAGGAAUACAAGUGCUUCAAGCGAACCUGCAGCAAGAAGACGCCGAAUUGAAGAACGCCAAAAUCAGUAGCAAAGCUCAGGCCCUUCAGCGCAAGCUCAAAAUGUGCGAGAAGGAACGGAUGCAGCACCAAAAGGAUGUGGAGGAGCAGCAUGCAGCACUUGUGACAUUUCGAGAUGGUUUUGCGGAACUGUCGCUCGGAUCGCUUCAGGCUUUGUGGCGCAACAAGCCCUCAGAUUCCGAGCAGCUUCAGAUCUUUCAGACAAAACUAGGUGAAGCUAUGGGAAGGCUUGAGGAGAGCAAGGCUACAGAAGCCGUCCUCUCCACAGAGCUUGCAGCCGAGAGAUACAAGUUCAAGAAACUCGCGUCAAGACUGGCGGCACUUGAGGGUAGCAUCGACGAGAAGGAAAAGGCUCUCAAAGACAAGCACCGUGAGCUAGAAAAAGGAUACUACGGCAAUGUGCAGAAACUAGUCGAGGGCCGUGUUAGCGACGAGAAAGCUAAGCUCGCCGACCAACUCAGCCAGGCAGAAGACAAGAUCCUGCGCUUCGACAAGCUAUGCGCUGCGAACAAGGAGCUGGAAGCCAAAGUCAUAGAACUGACGCGUGAGUUGACCCUCCUGCAGCAAGCGAAACUAGAGCUGGAGCAGCGAUACAAAAAGCGCGAGGAAGAAGGCAAAGUUUUCAGGCAAGGCUACGACCAGCUUAGCAACGAUAUCCGCACGCUUUGUACCGAGAAAGUCGAACUCCAGACUGAGUAUGACGAGGUGAAGAAACAGCACAACCAGCUGCUUGAACAGCAGAGACAGUCCAACUCGGGA